UCUAUCCGUUCGGUUCUCUUUCACUUCACACUUACAGCCUUCACUGACAACGUACAUUUUCUCGUAAGAUGUGAUGAUCGGCAGCAUCCGUGUAUCGAUAUGCUCGUCGCUGAUUGAUAUUAACUUUGCACAGGAAUAUGGCAACGAAGGUUGUAUAUUUUACAGUGGAUGGAAAGCCCGAACAGGCUGAAUUCAGGUCGGACGACACGGCAGAUGAAUUGAAAGACACAUUUCGGGCAGCUGCUGAGGCGAACAGUGAUGACAUUCUGAAGCUAUAUAACACCAAGGGUAACCUUAUAAACAUCUCGCCCAAGUUACCCGAGAACACCCCCGACACCAGAUACAAACUGGAAGUGGUUGCCCUCCACUGUAAUGACAAUGUCUUGGCAACGCAGUUUGGGGUAGUGAUCAAGGAUUUGGAAUCCAGGAUAGAAAUGUUGGAGAAGAAAGUCUUUGUGGAAAAUGGUGAAAUUCCUCCUGUGGUAGGAGAGCUAAAACACAAAGUGGAGCACUUGCGGGAGAAAUUGGAAGGUGUAGACCAUUUGAGUUGGUUAGGACUCUUCAAAGAUAUCUCCUGCGGGACAUCACUCAAACCAUUCUGGGACAAAACCCAGUCCAUAAAAAAAACCGAAGAACACAACAGAAUGGUCUUUGAAAAGUUCAAGAAGAUCAGUCAAGUCCAGGUAACAGAUGAGGUGAGGGAGUAUCUACGGAAGCCCACCUUUGAUAACUGGCAAUGGGACGAUCCAGAAAUGAUCAUCUUGUUGCGGCAAAUGUACAUAGACCUAGAUCUCGUCUCAAAGUUUAACAUAGAGAUGAAUGUAUUACACCAAUGGCUGUAUGAGAUAUACAAGAACUACAAUCAAGUGCCUUUUCAUAAUUUCAAACACUGUUUUAUGGUAGCCCAAAUGAUGUAUGGGUUGACCUGGCUAAUUGACCUCAGAUCAGUGCUAGAUGAUGUUGAUAUUUUCAUACUACUCACCUCUGCAAUAUGUCAUGAUUUGGAUCAUCCAGGGUACAACAAUGCAUAUCAAAUAAAUGCCAAGACGGAACUGGCGCUGAGAUACAAUGAUAUUUCUCCUCUGGAGAACCACCACUGCUUCGUCGCUUUUGAAAUUCUCCAGAAAAGCCAUUGUAAUAUUCUACGCAAUGUCUCCAAAGAAGAUUACAAAAGGAUACGAGAAGGAAUGAUCCGGUGUAUUUUAGCAACAGAUAUGGCCAAACAUAACGAAAUACUCAAUAAUUUCAAAUCAGUCAUGAAAAACUUUGACUUCAAGAGUCAGGAACACAAAUCUUUGCUGAUGAUGAUACUCAUGAAAGUGGCGGAUAUUUCAAACGAGGCUCGACCUUUAGGAGUCGCUGAACCUUGGCUGGAUUGUUUGCUUUCAGAAUUUUUUAAUCAGAGUGACAUGGAGAAACUGGAAGGCUUACCCGUGGCGCCAUUCAUGGACAGAGAUAAAGUGACCAAGUCUUCUUCCCAGAUAGGGUUUAUCAAGUUUGCACUGCUUCCCUUGUUUGAGGCUUUGAGAGAGCUCUUCCCUGUGAUUGAGAAAGACAUUAUUCAACCAGUGAGAGCCGCUCUUGAAUACUACACAGACAUGCAGAAAGCAUUAGAAGAGGAGAAAAAGAAAGGGAGAGAGGCAGCUAAACAGAGAAUGGACAAAGACGUCAUCAAGAGCAAGAUACAGACUUGAUGAUUGUUCUUAUAAGCUUAUAAGGGUAACUUGCUGACUAACCGAUGUGUAGAAUUUCAAAGAGAAAAGUAGUCAAACAAAUGAAAUUAUUCAUACUCAUCAAUUACCUCAAAAUUUUUCGAGUACUUUAUGUACUAAAGUGAAUUCAACUGCUGUGACAAAAAUGAAGGAGGAGAUUUUUAUUGAUGUAAUGAUUUAGCAUAGUUAUUCUUAUGUUGGACUGUAAAUAAGUGAUAUCCAUGAGUUGGAAUCAAUGUAGAGAAGUGAGAUUUAUCAAUUAACCAAAUAAUUCACAGAAAUACUAGUAUUUGCAGCUUCUUUGUUGUAAAAUGGCUAAAAUGGUUCUUGCAAUUAAAAAAUAAACCCAAGCAGCUUGUAAAUCUCCAAGCAAUUAUUGUUUUGUUCAGAGAUGUUGUUUGCUGGUUAACAUGACUUUAUAUGGUAAUUUCUAGUGAGAAAUUUGUGUUCUCUAUCAGUGCAAACACAAAUUUCUUCAUUUAUUUUUUUCCUUCUUAAUUGGUCUACACAUUGACAUUGUUUUGAACAUUUAUUAUAUAUGUACUGUUUUUUUAUUAUUGCUGAAAUGGCUUUAACAAUGCCCUGUAGUUUUUACAUGCUCCAAAAAUAUUCUUCCAAUGUGUUCAAAACAUGUUUCUAUUUUUCAUUUCCCAUUUUUUAUAUGGAUGUCUAUCAACAGUUAUUUUUGAAUAUUUCAGGAUGAUCUUAUUUUUUAAACUCAAAAUUUGCAAUAUGUACAUAUUUUGCAUGAUUGAAUUCUUGCAUGUUUACAGAUUUGAUUUGACACACUCAGAAUGUAACAUGGCUCUAAUUUUUUUUUCAUUAGGCAUGUGUAUUGUUUUUUCAUGUCACAAGUUUUGGUGUUUUAGAUUUUUUUAUGAACAUUUUUCAAAAUGAAUCUCAAAUCAAAUCUUUUGAUUAAUUUUUGAAUAAUAGAUAAAAGCGUUUGUUUAUUUAACUAAAUACAUAAAAUAUUAGCCAUGAAAGGUUUCAUCAUGUAAUUAAGAAGUCAUCAUUUCAAUUAAAAUUUUUUUUUAACAAAGUCAAAAGCAAAAUGUUUCAACUGCUAAGCUUUUCUGUUGACCAAAUACAUUUUUUUUCUAUAAUCUAAAUGUGUUCUCUUCAAACACACAGUUUUCUGUUCUAUUUUUUUGAUUGUAUGGAGAUUUCUGGAACUGUUGAGGAGAUAUUGGUAGCAUAAAUGUGAUAUCUGGCAAUUUAGUUGUGUUUCACACAUUUAUAUCGUAGAUUUUAUAUUAUUUAUACUUAAUUAUCCGGUAAUAGCAUAUUUUGUUUUUUUUUCUUUGAAUAAAGAAUCUGUUUAUUGUUAGAA